GUGGUGGUUAUCUAUCCAGAGUCGGCGGAACGGGACCAGUGCGCGCAAGAGUCCGAGCCCAAAGGUAUCGGUCUGAAUGGGACGAGCGGGCAUUCGAAUGUUAGGCGUGCACGUUUCACGCUUACCGCUUUCGGUUCAUUCGCUUCUAUGUUUAUUGUUGUGUUCGCAAAAGAUCUGUACAUCCUGAGCUUCGGCGCCAGCGCAGACAGCGUGGGCGCGAUCGUUGCAGUGCUAUCUAUUUUGCUCCCCGUCAUGUAUCCAUUGGCUGGGUACCUGAUGGAUCGGGAGCCGCCGAUGUUGAGUAUCUCGGGCUGGGGGCGACGAGCGCCCUGGUUUGCCACUCACGUAGUGCCGCUGAGCAUCGUCAUGGGUGCUAUCUUUCUGCCAGGGCUGGUGUGGCUCCCGCCCGCGGGGAGCUGGCUGUUGGACGUGUGGCUCGGGUCGUGCAUGCUGGUCGCUGGCUGGUGUAUAGCCGUGCAGAUCACUGCUUACGAGUCCGCCCGCGCAGAGAUCUAUCCCUUCAAGGGGGAGCGUGUGCUGGUUGAGGGCAUGAGCAAGGUCACUGGCGCGUGCGCCGCUAUCGUGGGCAUCGGGACCCAGUUUGUCUUGUGGGCGAUCUCCACUGUGCCCGUCCGGCUGGUGGUCUCCUUCUUGCUCUUCGCGUCCGUGAACGUCAGUCUCGUUGCCGUUCCGGUGCUGCGGGAUGCGCGGCAGCCGAGGGAUCCUGCCAGGGCGGGCUCUAUUCAGGAGAGCAUUGACAUUUUGAGGAAUGCCCCUAUGAGGCACGCGGUUGGACUGAGGUUCUGGCAGACGGCUGCGGAGACGGCGAGUGCAAACUUCAGCAUCUACUACCUGACCUUCGUCAACGGCCAGACUAACUCCGAGCGGGCGGUGACGAUGGCGACCUGUGGAGCGAUCGUCGCGCUCUUGGAGUUCGGUGUUCUCAUUCCGUUCUGGAGCUUUGUGUGGAUGCAGUUGUUCCCCGGCCAGAGAGCCCGUCGCGACUGGGCGCCUGUCUGCGGCGGCGCGCGCCGCCCAUGCGGGAGACCUGCCUGUGCCUCCAGCUGCUCGCCGCCGUCUCGGCGCCCGCCGUGCUGA